GGUGAUUCAGCUUCUCUACAGCAGCCUGAUCACCAACCAUCCAUCAAGAACUAUGAGCAAUAAGGUGCGGCGGCGGUUGAGCUUUAGGGAGUGGUCUGCUCUGAAAGGGCGUUUCUAAAGUAAAAGAAACAAAGGGAACACACACACAACCUGGAGUCGAAGAUAUAAAAUCUGAGUUCGCAGUCGUUUCCCUCAUAUCUGACUCUCACAGCUCUACACAGGAGAACACACAAAGAGACUAACUUAAGAGAGAGCCACACUCAAGCGCGAGAAAAUGUACACACGCUCCAACAGCGUCACCACGACGGUGCAACAAGAGAGAUUCGCCUUCUCCCGGAUGGCCACGCGCAGCACGGAGCCGGAGGUCUUCACAUUUGAGCGGAUCCCGGCUCAGGCCACCGCCAUGCGCUCCUACGUGCCCAUCCGGCCGAAAAAGCGCUGUACCAGGGUCAUGUACCCCGCCAAAGUCCGCAUGCAUCUGCCCCCACCGGAGAAGAGCCAGGCCAAGCGCUGGCUGGUCAUCCUGUGCCUGGUGGUGCUGUGGCAGAUCUACACCGAGGAGCCGUGCGCCGACGUGACGUUGAGCAGCGCCGACGCGACGGUUUUCCCAUUCCAGUCCGCGGAAGAGCAGGCGAGGCAGCUUACACAAGCCAGUGUCAGCUCCGAGCUGCUGACAACCACACAAACCGAGGCAUCUGACGAACACACCAUCCCCGGCACUGCCUGCCCCACGUCCGGCCAGGAGGUAGAGAGCAGCCGGCACUUCGAGCAGAGCGCCGGGAAAAGCUAUAUGGUGGCUCUGCUGGUCUACCACAGGUUGGGAAGCGACAACUGAACGUCCCGGGAAUGGUCUCAACUGCAAACCACCAGGGAUCAAAACUGAACCGAGCUGGUGUCGACCCUGAGCGGUGCGACCAUGCAUAACGCAGCCGGGAAAAGCGUUCCAUGCGCCGGCUUCACCCUGCCAAUGGUGCACCUGAGAACAGAGCACGACACGGGGUUUCUGGAACACUUGAAAAGAAAGAAAGAAAGAAAGA